AUGAAGGUUUUGAGAUCAAUAUCUAAUGAUCAAAUUGGAACUGAUGUCGUUGAUCCGUAUUUCCUACCAUGGCAAGCAGUUUUUUUCUUUAAAGAGUCUCCUUUUUGUAGCGGUGCCUUGAUUGCUCCUAAAUGGAUCGUUACUGCUGCGCAUUGUCUACCUACAUGGAUGCCAUCUAAUAGUAUUAAAAUAAAAUUAGGAAUAACUGAUUUGUUUCGAUCUACUGAAAAUCAGCAGUCGCUUAAAAUUUCAAAGAUAACAGUUCAUCCUGAAUUCGACUUUCGAACUUUCUCAUAUGAUAUGGCUCUUAUAGAAUUGGAAAAUGAUGCAAAAAUUAAUGAAUAUGUAAGUCCUAUUUGCAUCGCAGAAGACAGUAUUCAUUUCUUCAAUGGAUACCCAUGUUUAAUAUCAGGAUGGAGUUUCUAUGAGCGUAGUAAUUCAAGACUGAGAUCUUUACAAAUCAGAACGAUAGAUUCUCAUAUAUGUAACGGAAGUAAUUUUUAUAACGGAGCUAUUUCUUCAACGAUGGCUUGUGCUAGAAUGUUAGAUACUAUGACUGAUGUAUGUCACGGUGAUAGUGGUAGCCCAUUAAUUUGUCGUCAGCCUGGAAGUGACUAUGCAGUGUUAAGUGGUAUCGUAUUUUGGGGACAAGGAUGUGGCCCGGUAAAAGAUUUUACUGUUUUCACUGAUAUCAGUAAAUUUGUGGCCUGGCUGAAAGAAAAUGCAAAUAUUGAAUAA